AUGGUCAACUUCACCCCCUGGCGGAAGUCGCAGUCAGCCGACGAGAGUCCCGUGGCUUCGACUGCCACAUCCACACAAGAGAAGGACGCCCCACGACGGAGGUGGAAUCUGGGGAUUCUGAGCGACCCACAGACUGACGAAGUGCCUGGCUCCGUUAUUCUCCUGUCGAAAACGCACAACCGCAACGAACCGUUGGGACUCCAGCAUGCCCACGCACGCACAUCGGCCUCGUCGCUCCCCACCGCGUACCGACCCAGGCCUCAGCGAACUGCCUCGCAACCGGGCUCCCGCCAGUCGUCCCGUUCUCGGCCGCCCGAGAAGAAGCGGACAAAGGAUGGUCGUUUCAUUCUGGACCCACAGCCCGAAGAGUCGGCGAACGAUCCGCUCAACUGGGCACAAGUGCGACGAGAUCUCGCUCUCUUGUCGCUUGGAUUCUACUGCAUGGUCGGAGGAGGAAUGACGCCGCUGUUGGCCGCUGGUUUCAAUGAUGUGGCUCAGACAUACGACGUGACGAUUCCCCAAGUGGCCUUGACUACAGGCCUAUACAUGCUGGGACUUGGUCUGGGUAGCGUGGUUGCGUCACCUACUGCCAUUCUGUUUGGCAAGCGGCCCGUAUAUCUCGGUGCCAUUAUACUCUUCACCGUCUCCUCCAUAUGGUGCGCGGUAUCGCCCAACUACGCCUCCCUCGUAGUGGCGCGCAUUGUCCAAGGCUUUGCCGUUUCUCCAGUCGAAUGUCUGCCUAGCGCUACUAUUGCCGAGAUUUUCUUCCUCCACGAGAGAGCGUACCGCCUGGGAAUCUACACGCUACUUCUGCUUGGCGGAAAGAACUUGAUUCCUUUGGUCAGUGCCGUUAUUGUGCAGUCUUUGGGCUGGCGAUGGGUCUUCUGGAUUACCGCCAUUGUCGUCGGUUUCUGUUUCUUCCUCAUCUUCUUCUUCGUGCCCGAAACCUUUUGGGACCGAGCACCCAGGCCAGCCAAGCGACACAAUCGCGCCCGUAGUAAGAGUCCAGGACAACACCAUGGACACUUUCAUCUACCAAAUAUGCACCACAAGAAGGCUGUCGAUGCAUCGCAGGCACAGAAUGCAUCAGUACCAGCAACGCCCUUGCCCACAUCGCCUCUGGCAGCGCCCAACGAGGUGCCCGCCAAGCGUCACAAGAACACACAUGUUGGAUUCGCCGAGCCAGACCCUGACGAGAAGACUGGUCAUACAGAUAUUGCUGAUGGUACUGGGCGACACGCAAGUGUGCCGCCGACUCCACGCUCUCCGAUGAGCAUCCACUCCACGCCUGGCGAGAACCCGCGUCAUGACUAUUUCGGGCAAUUUCCGGAAACCUUUGUAGCUGAUCCAGAGAAACAAGAUAGUCGUCCUGGCAGCGAACAUAUAUCGACGGAUCCUGCCGAAAAUGACCAUGUGUCAGAACAGUUUUCGAUUCAUUACACCGACUACUACCGUGACGCCCCGGCAAAGUCGUAUCGCCAGUCGCUCAAGCCGUGGAACGGGCGUCUUGUCAAAGACAAGUGGCUUCGCGUAGCCAUCCGCCCAUUCAUCCUCUUUGCCUAUCCCGCCGUCCUUUGGUCAUCGCUUGUUUACGCUCUUGCAGUUGGUUGGCUGAUUGUGCUUUCUGAAUCGGUUGCCCACAUCUACCACGACACGUCGUACAACUUCACCCCACUUCAAGUGGGUCUUGUCUACAUCUCACCUUUUGUAGGUGGUGUUCUGGGUACUGCAGUAGCAGGCCGAGUCUCCGACCUUGUGGUACGAUUUAUGGCACGCAAGAAUGAUGGCGUAUACGAGCCAGAAUUCCGUCUCCUCAUGGCGGUCCCGAUCUCCAUUAGCACUGUUAUUGGACUUAUGGGCUUUGGUUGGAGUGCUGAAGAGAGGGACAGCUGGAUUGUUCCGACCGUUUUCUUCGGCGUCAUCAGCUUCGGCUGUUCGCUGGCUAGUACCACAGCCAUUACUUUCGUGGUUGACAGUUACCGCAUGUAUGCGGGUGAGGCGCUUGUCACGCUUAAUUUCUCAAAGAACGUUUUACACGGCUUCAUCUUUUCUCUCUUCUUCCCGCAUUGGCUAGAGUCGAGCGGUAGCAAGGAUACAUUCUUAGCGAUCGGAGGCAUUCAAUUGGGAUGCAUGCUUUUCAGUAUUCCCAUGUACAUUUAUGGCAAGAGAGCACGGAUGUGGACCGUGAGAAAGAACCUGAUGGAGAAGUUCUAG